GAUUUAACCAGAUUGAAACAAAAUGCGUCUCCAUAGCUACAAAGCACAUGCAAUGAAUUUCAAUAAAAAUUAAGCAAAAUACACGCACUGAAUGAAAUUAUAAGAAAAUAAAGCUCAAUGAAGAUUUGCAAAAUACAAAAACAAGGAUCAAAUAGUAGAAGGCACUUUUAUUCAUUUCAUUUACACAAAUAUUUUAACAGGGAAGUUGAAUUGUUUGUUUCCCACUAAUAUUUUAAAAGAAAGCAUUGGUCUCUUUUCAGUGUUGCUAAGAAUAGAGUCAUUCAAAUUGUGAAUUGCUUCGUGUAUAUAGAUAUAAAAGGUUUUGGAUUAGGAUUGGGGAAGAGUUUUUAUCGCACAAGAAGGGCAAUCAUAAAGUUGAAUAAGAAAGCAUAAUUUUGAAGAGGCACUAUAUAUGACUUGUGUAGCUAUACUUGAAGAAGCCGGUGUAAUGAAAGAAUUCAUAAUAAGUAUGAAUGUGAAAGAUAAAACACUUCAUAAACUUUAAAACAAGAUUAAAAUGUUUACAUUUUGCACGAAGAGUAGAGUAUAAGCAACGGAAUAUUUAUGUCAUUGAUUUCCAAAAUGUCAACACAGAAGACCAUUCCUGAUUUCAUCCUUCUGAUUUCGAUAUUAUCAGUUUUCGAGAUGACUUGCGCUCGCCCUGAAAUUACAGCGUUGUCUCCCCUUCAAGUUACGGAAUACAGGGAAAUAAAGUUACAGUGUACAGUGGCGCCAUCUAUGAAUAUUACUUUGAGAUGGACAUGGUGGUGUGCUGGCAAGAAGAUGAAAGAUGAUAAUGGCGGUUUAACGUCAACCAUGACUUUUUCUGCGAAACGAGAACAUGACGAGACUUGGUGCUACUGCAGAGCUCAGUCUGAAACCUCUAAGAUAAAAUACGACGAAAUUUCAAAUCUACAGACUGUCACUGUGUAUUAUUUACCACGUGAUAAUCCACAUUUGGUAGCUUUGUCGCUGACAUCUUUGGCGGUUGGACAUGAUUUCAUUCUUCAGUGCAGUAUUUCUACCCUGGGGAAUCCUCCAUUAUCCUGGUUCUGGACGUGCGGCCAGAAAAAUAUCUCUCAUGGAAGAAUGAGCGUCUUCAAUAUGUCCUCAUCAAAGAUCGUGUUCGAAGCCGAAGCGUGGCAGAACAAGAUGUCAUGUUUCUGUACCGCUGUCAGUUCAAAAUACAACUUUCGUGCUCUGUCAAAUGAAGUUAAAAUCACUGUAUAUUAUGGACCUUUGGAUUAUCCUGAACUCAUCAAUAAAUCACUUCUUCACGUAGAAAAGGGUUCGUCAGUUACUCUACGCUGUCACGUGUCCUCUGAGGGAAAUCCUCGCCUAUAUUGGUCUUGGCACUGUGGAAAACUUUUGAUGGAGAAGGAAGUUACAUACGGUGACACGUGGUCCGAGCUGACCUUUGUGGCAUCCCAGCAAUUCAAUCAGAGAGCUUGUUACUGCCGACUUAGUUCAAUGUCCGAGAUUAUCCGUUACAACAAAGUUUCUCAAAAGAUGUUUAUAACCAUUAAAGAUGGACAAGGCUGUAUCUCCUUUGGUAUUUUCGCAUCCACAACCUCUGUGCUCUCGGGGAUUGCAGGGAUUGCAUUCCUUGUUAUCAUAAUGCAAAACGUCAGAAAGAAACCCAAGAAGCUUCGUGCAUGCCGAUGUUUCGGUAGUUUGUUCAGGGAUUCCAGACGCACAGUGCAACCAUCACAACCAAAAUUAAGACAAAAUCAAAACAGAGCCACCACAUUUAUUGAGGCACAUACUUAUGAAGCUGUUCAGCCUCCAACGAAAAAGUCACCAAAAGAGAGGAAGAGGAGGAAGAAAUGGUUUGUGAGCAUUCCAUGGUCAGGGUCUAACAAAGUCUCCACUAUACGAGAACUUUACGAAGAAAAUGUAACAUCCAUCUGCAACGCAGUCCUUCAUUUAGGAAUAUGAAAUAUGCGUUAUUAUUAUAUAAUUUACACAAAUUAACGGGACCCAACCACGGAACAUUCGAUGGAAUGCACACACGAGACAUUCCUCCUUGCGUCGGACAUUGUUUCGUCAUCCGACAAGAAUAUUGUAAUAUGUCAUCAUACAAAAUGUGACAUCACUAUUUUGUAGAUUUGUACGAAGUAUUUUGAAUGUAAUGUUUAAAGGAGUACACUGGAAUCACUUCGCCCGUUCGUCCGUCCGUCCGUAGGCACAAUAUCUGCUUUUCGUAUCUAUGGGUUUGGUUUUUAUGCUAUAUCAGCAACUUUAAAGAAGUCUUUCAAAUGAUAAAGACCGUAAUCACUAUGGUAAUGUUGACCCCACCCUGGAACCAAAACCCUAACACCUAGGAUCAUGAAAUUUACAAUUGUUAUAAUAAUAAUAAUAAUGCUUUAUUUAGAGAAGGUAGCCCGACUAGUCUUCCCCGGGGCCUUCUGAAAUACAAACAAUAUACUCAUAACGAUACGUACAAUCAAAAAUAAGAAUAAAAUGAUAGGUUCCGUGAUCAUAUACAAUGUACAGCAAAGUGGUACUUAAAACAAUGAUGGGGGUGAAUAUUCAUGGCGUGGAAGAGGUACAUGUGGUUCAAGAGGGAAAAGAGGCGGGUAUGAAAAGAUAUGCAUAUAUACAUGUAUAUAUAUAUAUAUAUAUAUAUAUAUAUAUAUAUAUAUAUAUAUAUAUUCACAUACAUACACAUGUUUAAAAUUAACGACGGCUAAUUAUGAAUUUUUCAACAUUUCUUCUAAAAACAGGUAAGGAUUUUACCUCAAGUAUACUUGAAAUGUGGUAUAUAUAAUAAACUUGGAUCGAUAUCCAUUUAUUAUGAAAACAAUAACACACCUCAAUCUGUGUUUUCAAAACAAAUAAUAAACUCUGUAUAAUGAGUUGUCAUGAUGAAUAACCUUAAUUCUUUUUUUUGUUUUUUAUGGGGUUUUUUGUUUUUGUUUUUGUUUUUUUGUUUUUUUUUUUGGUUUUUUUUUUUUUUUUGGUAAACCUUCUAAACACAUUAGACAGUAGAUUUUUAUCAUUUAACAAAAUCUUGGGGGAAAUCUUGAUUCAGUCCCCUUUUUAAUGCCGAAAGCAUACAGACGGACUACCUAGGUUAAACGUCUUGUAAAGAUCAAACCACUAUAGCCUACUGCGACCACAGGCACUUGGGGCAUGGAUCAUGAUCACCCCCAUCCCACCCCACCCCCACCCCCCAUUAUAACUAUUAUUUUUUUUUUACCAAAAUAUUAUUUUCUUCAUAUGUUUUGUAGAUAGGCAUUUAGAAUCACCCCCAAAAUGUUACUUUUCGUCUCUGUUGCGUAUAGUCAAUCCCUAUAAUGACUGAGAACGUGACAUUUGACUAAUACGUAUAUGUUUAUGUAUAUACGUAUACGUGGAGGAUGUUAUAAUAGCUUGUAAACGCUUCUCCUCCUAUAUGACUUAUCCGAUAGACUUGAGAUUUUGUACAAUACUCAAAUGCCAUUUGCAGAUGUGCAUAUUGCAGGGAUAUGAGGAUACAACUGUUAUCCUUAAAUUCAUAGCGGAUCUGAGGGGUGGAGGGUGUAAAAUAGUUUGUGCAUACUUCUCCUGUGUGGCUUAUCGGAGUUCAUGUCUAUGUUCCUGCUCAUGCUUUCUUCUCCAUACCAUGCAGUACAUUAAUUGAAGGUUUCAUUUGGAGCACUUCCAAUUUGGGGAGACAUUUGGGUGGGGUUUUUUUUCUUCAUAAAAACAAUUACUAGUUUUUUGUAGUGUAGGUAACAGAUUGAAUUCGCGUAGUAUUGUACACGGUCAUAUUUUCGAUGAAUUGUUAUUUUCACUGUGGGCUUAAACCGCGAAAGUUAACUUACAAUGAAAAUAAACUGAAUGAGAUAUCCAUCUGAGUAAAAACUGAAUAGAGUAUGUAAAUGUGGAGUAGAUGGAUGUCGUAUCCACCGGGGGAAAAAACGGAAUGAUGACAAUUUUCAAAACCUUUAAAAUGGCGAAUGCAUGCAGUCUGUUAUUCGUGUAGUUAUAUCUUAGAUGAUAGGACGUUUAAAUUUCACAAAGCAAACUCCCAAUAAUUGAUCAGUAUGUUAAUGUUUCGACUUUUUAUCGUUCUCACAGAUGGUAUAUUACAUCUUCGAUAGCGAUGAAACGUCGAAACAUCAACACAGUGAUAAAGUAUUAUUAGUUUGUCAACUUUAAACAGUAGAUCAUCUCAAAUAUAACUUAUUGUGAACACUCGGAACUGACUAGUGUAGAUAUACUGUAGGAAAAAUAUUGAAAGGGGGGGGGGGGGUAAACAUAAGUGCACACUUCCAACAAACCAGUGUAGUAUGACCCCAACCAUCAUUUCUCCGGGGGUGGGGGAUACGGCAGGUGUCCUUAAACUUGACCUUCAACGUCCAUGCUUAACGCGACGGUUGGAUUCCCACGGUAAUGUAAUUGAAACAGUACCCUAUAUAUUUUAUUUAGACACAUGACACGGUAACUUAAGGUUUGUUGAGCGAAAGACGACAGUGUGUAUUUAAUAUCAGAAGAAAAAUAUAAGGUCCGCCGUGGUGUUAGGCAGACACCUGACAUGUGAUUAGUCAAUAAGAGAGAAUCCUAUUCAGCGUGUCUUUCCAGUCCUGAAAUAUAUAGAUAUACCAUAGAUAUGUUCCCCUUUUACUGAAUGUACAUCUGAACUUUGAUAAAGCAUUUGUGAUGAAUAUAGCUUUUGAAACCU